AUGACCGAGCAGCUCGUGAAGCAAGUCGCAGAUCGCGACUCUGCCACUCCCGGAGAGGAAGUCGACGCGCUGCAUGAGUUGUGGAAGAAAUACCGCGAGGGAAUAGUUGAGAAUAUCAAAAGCGUCGACACGCAAAAACAGAUUCUGCUUGCCAUACACACGCUCGCGCCAGGCCGCGGAUACCCAGAACUCGACAUGAUUUACGCAGCGUAUCAGCAGCGCAUCACCGGCGAAGCAAAGACCACGGACUCCACUCAGAUCUGGCGCGAUUGGGAGGAGAAGAAGAACAACACUGGACGCAAUGUCAAAAUUGCUUAUCGGCCCUUCAGACGUCUGCCGCCUACCACGCCUAUCGUGACGUUGGAGGUUGCUAAAGCAGAGAUGAAUCGCUGGGCUGAAGCAGGCUAUCCGAAGAGCGACCGCGACACCGCGCUUGGCGCGAAAGCCGCAAGCUGUUUCGCGCAGACUACCUGA